UCUUUCUCUUUAAUUACGUAGUUUAUUUGUUUGUACUAAAUGACAUCAGUUUAUUAAAUGUACAUGAUAAGGAUAAGAAUGCUCGCACAAGAAUAAUUGUGAAGAACAAUCACGUACGUCAUUAAAAAAUUGUAAUCGGCCAUUAUCUACAUAUGCAUAUACAUCUUAUCAAACCUCAAUACGUGUAUUUAUAUUUUAAGUUAUCAUUUUAGUUGCUUCUGAGUCGUUGAAAGUGUUUGUACGAUAGAAAUAAAUUUUCAAUUAAACCAAAAUACUACAAUACUUUGUUAGAAGCAAACAAUACGUUGAGCUUCAAACAGUUAAAUAAAAAAAUUGUAAAUUUUCACGGAAAUGGCUAAUAUUUUCGACGGCCAUUUAAAAGAUAUGGAUGACUUCGAAUCGUCAACGAUAAAAAACAAAAUGGACAAAUUAGAGGAGUUAAUUUCGAACUACAAUGAUCAAAUAGCUGCGAAUGAAUCCUCUAUCAAGGACAAAAAUGAUCAAAUAGCCGCAAUGGAAUCUAAAAUAAAAUCAGAUGAGAUUAAAAUAAACGAAAGUAAUGCUAUUCUUGAGGAACACAAAUCCGAAAUUGCAUCCCAAGAGUCAACCAUAAGGAAACUGGAACAGACUAUUGCUGAUUUAAAUAUAAAAUUGAAGAAAAGGGAUAUCAAGAAACAACUCAACCAAAACGAAAAUGUAAUACGUAUUUAUAUACCCUAUGGAACCACAAGUAGACUAAUGCAUGUACCUGGCAUUGAACCAUUUGAGCCAACUUUGGAAGAUAAGAUAGCCGGAUCUGGUUGGAUUGUCAUUCAGCGUCGAUUAGAUGGAAGUGUCGAUUUCGAUAGAAACUUGGCUGCGUACCAUGAAGGCUUUGGCGAUCCCAGCGGAGAAUUCUGGCUAGGCUUAGAAAAGAUGCACAGAAUUACAACACAUCAACGUCAUGAACUCUACAUUCAUAUUGUCGAUUAUGAGAAUGAAACUCAUUAUGCCCGAUACGACAAAUUUGUUAUUGGCUCUAAGGAUGAGGAAUACCAAUUAAAGUCGCUGGGUAUUUAUUUUGGAGACGCCGGUGACAUGAUGCGCAUGAACGAGAAAGUCAAUUUCUGGGUUUGCCCUAAAUACAAAAAUGGUUGGUGGGACCUAAAAAAGUGUAAUCCAAACUGUAAUCUAAACGGAAAAUUUUCUAAUACCCAAGUCAAUGACUGGCACUACCUUUAUUGGGGACUCGGAAAAUGGGGAAAAGGUCGCAAUCAUAUUAAAUCUGUGCAAAUGUUAAUAAGACCAAAAAGUGAUUGAUACAUUAAUAAAAUUAAAGUUAUUUUAAAAUAAAAUAUCAAACGAUAAUAAAGAUCAA